AUUGGGGAGAUUGAUAAUAAAAAGAGUCACGACACGCGACCUCUGUUCCUUUUGCAUGUUUCGGCUCCUCCGAGCGUUUCCUCCAUCCUCUCGCGUCGUGGCUGGUUCUCGUCCGGGCGUGAAUGAGGCGGACCGGUGUCGACAAGGGAGGGGUCCUUUGAUAGCAGGGCUGCCGGGCGGAUGGAGCCCUGCUGUUUGACCAUGGGUGAAGUGUCGAAGAAAGCAUCCACUCGGAAUGUGGCGGUGGAGAGGAAGAACCUCAUCACCGUGUGCAGGUUUUCAGUCAAGACCCUCUUGGAGAAAUACACAGCCGAGCCCAUCGAUGACUCAUCGGAGGAGUUCAUCAACUUUGCAGCCAUCCUGGAGCACAUUCUCAGCCACCGUUUUAAAGAUAGAGGAACAUUUCUUUCAGGCUCUAGCAGCUGGUUCGAUGGCCAGAGGAGUUUCUGGGACUUUGUUCGACUGGCUUGCGCCAAGCUGCCAAAUAGCUGCAUUAGCAGCAUCGAGAACAUGGAGAACAUCAGCCCAUCGCGAGCAAAAGGCCGAGCCUGGAUAAGAGUGGCCCUGAUGGAGAAGAGGCUGUCAGAAUAUAUUGCUACUGCCCUGAGGGACAUGAGAACGACAAGACGCUUCUACGCAGAGGGAGCCAUCAUGCUCAGAGAGGAAGCCUCCGUGCUAACCGGGAUGCUCAUAGGCCUGGGAGCCAUCGACUUCAGUUUCUGUCUUAAAGGGGAAGCCUUGGAUGGCAAAUCGUCCGCAGUUAUUGACUACACGCCAUAUUUGAAAUUCACACAAAGCUACGACUACGUGAGCGACGACGACGACCGCCAGAGCGUUGAGAGCAGCACGAGCGACGACAGCAUCCCCGAGCAUCCUUACGUGCCUCUGCUCACAGACGAGGAGAGCUGGAGCACAAAGUGUCGCAAGAUGGAGCAGAGGUUCAAGAUUGUUCAUGCGCAGAAGGGUUACUUGGAGGAGCUGGUGCGGCUGCGGGAGUCCCAACUGAAGAACACAGAGGCGGAGAACAAGAGGCUGAAGGCCCGCCUGGAUGAGCUGCACGGCCAGAGUCACCAGGAGAAGAAAGAGCUGGAAACUGUCGUCCUGGAGCUUCAGGAGCAACUAACAAGUUUGAUUCCAUGUGACACCAGCCACUUGGCUAAGAACCUGACCAUCCCACUAGUGAACCAAUGGCCUCUGCUCGAGCCGUACAACAGGCAGGACCACGUCAAACUUCUCCGCAGGAGGAGUUUCCCUAGCACGGAGCUGCUGUCAGUGGAUUCAGAUCCUCUAAGGUCGGAAGGGAAGCAAAACGGAGGCGCCUGGUGCACGGAAAAGGAUUACACCCCUUCCCUAAUGGGACUUUGUGGCUCCUUGGGCUCCCUUCCAAGCUGCAAGUCUCUAUCAAGCCUCAAGUCCAGUGAGUGCCUGGUCAACAUCAGCACAGAGAACAGUCCUGCCCUCUCUCCCAGCUAGGGGUCGCCAAAGUCAAGACCACCGUCCAUUUUCCAGAUGCUGAAAGCAAACCGUCAAACUAACGCCUCUUGGACUGUCACCACUUUCUUUCCCUCUAGCGCUAUUUUGACAUUUGUGAAAGAAUAGCAGGACAUUCCACGAAAAAAAAAAAACAGUAGCUGCUGUACUGCCUGACGCCCUUCUCUCAUCUUGUCAUAUACGGGUUGACUAACAAGCGUCAACCAGUCACUGUUAUCGUCGACGUUUCUCUGUAUCUAGCUAUUGGAAUUAGUACACCCCGAAAAAUCAUCCUCCCUUCGGAUAGUUUCAUGGCAUUGCUCUUUGCUGUGUGAAUUUCAAAAAACAUUUCAUUUAACUUUACAGGGACUAACUCCAAUGGGGGAAAAAAAAAUACUUCUUGAGUUAGCUUUAGAUUAUUAGCUAGAUUUAUUAGCAUCCGGCUAACAAAGUUUGCAGGAGCAUUACAAUGCAAAGUGCAUCAUGACUAUGCAGAAUGAAUGUUCCCAUUGUAUUUUUUUUCCCCAUAUACCCGACACGAGCGGGAGAGAAACAAGCGACUGUCUGAACUGGAUGAGUGUAGCCCU